AUGCUCGCUGUCGUAGGCGCUGCGGCCCUGGUGCUGGUGGCAGGGGCGCCUUGGAUGCUGCCCGUAGCCUCAGGUGAGCCGAGGGCCCUGAGCGAGGGCCGGGCUGCGGGGAGGGAGAGCUGGAAGCGGGUGAACGGAGUCCACGCGGGGUCACCCCGACGCCCGCCUGCGCGCUCCAGCCUGAGGACGCUGACCCGGGCCCGAGCCUUGGGGCGACUGGAAGGUGAAGACAAUCUAAGGCCUCCUGAGGAUGUAGCCAUCUACAUUAUAGACGACAACUAUACCCUAAAGUGGAACCACCACAGAGAAUCAAUGGGCAACGUGACUUUUUCAGCAGAAUAUCAAAAAGGAGAAGGAAGGAUCUGGUUAAAAGUGCCCAAAUGUCAACAUAUUACAAGGACCAAAUGUGAAUUCUCUUUACUGGGCAUAAAUGUUUACAGCAAGACACAGUUUCGUGUAAGAGCAGAAGAAGGGAAUAGCACUUCUUCAUGGAAUGAGGCUGAUUCAUUUAUUCCAUUCUACAAAGCUCACGUCAGCCCCCCAAGAGUACAUUUAAAAGCUGAAGAUAAAGCCAUACUAGUCUACAUCUCUCCUCCCGGAGAAGACGGAACCAUGUGGGCACAGGAGAAACGCUGCUUCAAUUACACGAUACGGAUCUGGGGGAGGUCUUUUCCUGUCAGAGAAAUUAAACCUAUGUAUUUUCCAAAAAAGAUAUCAAAGCUCUUGCCAGAGACUACCUACUGUUUAGAAGUCAGAGCAGUGCACACAUCGCUUCAGAGACACAGCAACUAUAGCUCAGCGCGGUGUAUAAACACCACAGUGGCAAAUAAAAUACCUGUGCCAGAAAAUCUAGAAGUGGAUGUCCAAGGUGACAGCUAUGUUCUGAAAUGGGACCACGCAUUUGCAAACAUGACCUUCAAAGCACAGUGGAUCCCUGUCUAUUCAAAAAGUAGUCCUGGAAACCAUUCAGACAAAUGGAAACCAAUACCUACCUGUGCAAAUGUGCAGACUACACACUGUGUAUCUCCUCGAGAGACUUUCCACACAGGAACUUUCUUUCUCCGUGUACAAGCCUCAGAUGGAAAUAACACGUCCUUUUGGUCUGAAGAGAAACUUAUUGAUUCUCAAAAAUACACUCUCCUUCCUCCUCCGGUCAUUGCUGUCACCCCCACGGGGGACUCCUUGCUUGUUUAUGUCAGCUGUAAGGACAGCAAAUGUAAUGGACUCAUUUACGAAGUCAUCUUUUGGGAAAACACUUCCAAUACUGAGAAAAGACAACACCCACAAAGCAUGAUUAAAGAACACCCAGAGUUCAACGUUGUGAACCUGCGGCCGCUGACUGUGUACUGUGUCCAGGCUAGAGUGCUCUCCACUGGCGUGUGGAAUAAGACCAGUAAAUUCAGUGAUAAGCUGUGUAAGAAAACACAUCCAGGAAACUCUUCUGUGACCUGGAUUAUAACUGGAUUUGGUGCUCUACUCUUCUCUGCCAUGGCCUUUUAUGCUGGGAGGAGCCUCCAAAAAUACCUGUAUUACGUGUUCUCCCCACCACUCAAGCCUCCCUGCAGUAUCGACGAGUUUUUCUCAGAGCUGCCUUCCAAAAGCCUUCUGCUUCUGACUGCUGAAGAGCACACCGAGAGGUGCUUCGUCAUUGAGAACACAGGUGUGGUUGCUGGAGAGGAGAAUCGCGCACCUGAGGAGGAGCUCAGGAAGUACAGUUCCCAGAGCAGCCAGGACUCAGGGAACUACUCCAACGAAGAGGAGGAGAGUGUGGGGCCUGAGAGUGGCCAGGAUAUGCUUUCCACAGCUCCCAGUGGGUCUCCAUGGAGCCUGCCCUGCCCUGCUGGCACCUUGGAAGAUGGUGCCUGCUUCCCGGGAAAAGAAAAGCACCUUCAGAGCCCAGUCCUGAGGACACAGCCAGCUCUCCACGGCUGACACAGGCUCGCCGUAGUCUGGAGUACAUGUGGAUGAGACAGGCUUAACUGAAGGUGACUGCCCGUCUCUCUCUGCUGGCAGCCUAAACCCCAGGGCGCCAUUUGGAGCCACAGAUGAGGCUCACUGCUGCAAGGCUGCCUGGUGGUUCUGUCUUCCUGUUCUUACCCUAGCAGACAGCAGUUUAGAACAUCCGCUUUUUAAUCCUGCUGUAACCUCUCAGUGUUGCAAAGGUGCUGUUGUCUACAGUAGUGCUUCCCAGCCAUAACUCCGCACAGCAGUGGCUUCCGACCAGACGUCACUGAACCGCGGGGAAAGGGGACUUGGACUAGAGGAGCCAACAUUGCUCUAAGGUCUCAGCAUGGCCUGGGUAUGCACGUUGCACUCUAGUACUUGGGGAAGUAGAAAAUGGCAGGGACAAAAUGCAGACGUGAAGUCAUUCAGGAAGAGAGAAGCUAGUGAGUCUGAUGAGAGAAGACCAUGUACACUCAGUGUUUGUAUGAAUGUCUCUGUAUCUUUCCUGUGAUUCUUUAUAAAGCCAGACAGACCCUCUCUCCUCCAGCCAGCACUCUUCAGGUCCCCUUCUCAGCUCCAUGUACUUAACAAAAACCAGUGUUGGAUACUAGGGGAAGGGAUAGUGCUGCCUGGCGGUGCCUCUAAGUAACCUUAAAUUGACGCUCUGUGAGUCUGUUUUGUGGGCAGGAUACCUAGCAAUCCUGGGGGCUGCAGGGCAGACUCUCAGUCUCAGGCCAGAAAGGAAGAGAUAGGACUGAUGGAUCCUAGCCAUGGCUCACUCCCCUGAGCCAUUUUAAGGAUUCUCCCCAGGACUGCCCAUCCUGUGCUCACCACAGGAAAAGUACCUUUUGCCAGGAUGGCCUGCAAAGAAACAAGACCUGUCAGGAUGGGGGCGGGGGGUGAAGGGAAGGCCCGGGCGUUAACACUAAGUUGUCACUUGGCGUUGUAUCCUCCCUCACAAGUGCGAGCGAGCGCAGGUCUUCAGGCUAAGGCAGUGGCAGGUGAGGAGGCGACUUCACCUGAGCCUGGCCUUCUAGGCAAGCAAAGGCAGUUCCAUUGCAUGCUUCAUGACAGCCUCGUGAAGCCUCCCACAGGGCACUGCCUGCCUGUGUGACAAGGUUUUCCUGAACAGACACAUGUUCUUAAGGAAUGCCAUGCACGUGGCCUGAAGAACUGGCCCAGUGGGUAAGAGCACUGAAUGCUCUUCUACAGGAUCUGAGUUCAGUCCCCUGCACCCACUGGAUACUUCACAGCUGACUGGAGCUUUAGCCACAGAGGAUACAGCACUGACUUCUGGUUGCUUCAGACACCAGGGUGCACAUAUGUGUAAGCAAGAUACUUGUACACAGAGAAGCAAAACCUUUUUUAAAAAAAAGAAACACUGUGCACUUGAGGGCACCAACCGCCUAAUCCUUGUUCACUGAUAGUUCUUGGGGAAGCUGAGCCGUCUAAGAACCGUGUAAAAGACAAGAGUGAGGUGCUUUCACAUACACAUGAAAUAGUAACGGGCCCAUGAACACACCUACCUGGGAGCUGGCUGCACUCCAUUAGACUUGCCACAAGGCACCGUUACAGAAAAGCCUACAAUUAGAAAUGCUGUUUAGACAAGGAUCACUUAAAGCUUGGGCAGAAAUCUGAAACCUGUGGGAAUUGUCAUUUAAAACUAGGUCAGGAGCUGGAGAGAUGGCUCAGCAGUUAAUAGCACUGAAUGCUCUUCCAGAGGUCCUGAGUUCAAAUCCCAGCAACCACGUGAUGGCUCACAACCAUCUGUAAUGAGAUCUGAUCCCCUUUUCUGGUGUGUCUGAAGACAGCGACAGUGUACUUACUUAAUAAAUCUUUAGAAAAAAAAAUAAAACUAGGUCAGGCACAAUUGUGCCUGCCUUGUUCCUUCCCAGCUGCCUAGGAAUGUGGGACCAACCUGAGCAACACAGCAAGAGCCCAUCGUAUAAGUAUGUGUAUGUGUAUAGGUACUAUAUAAAAUACAGACCCUACAGGCUAUGAUGCUUUAGACAGUCUCUUGGGACCUGGGGCGACGUGCUAAAGAAGCCUCCCCCACCCCCCUGAAGCCUUGUGUCCCUGUGUGCAUUGGUCCUCUGGUGUUUGUUUCCCUCUAUUGCAGAAGCUCUUUGAGCUGGGGCUAAGUUCCUCCCUGUGCCCCCAGCCCGUAUGACACAGUGCAACGCUUGCCCAGACGGUGCCCAGCACCUGGCAGAUGAAUGAGAUCUGAAGUUGAAGCAGAUGAGCGGUCUGGCUGGCUGUGGAAUGAAAUGACUGUUUCUAUUUGUGCCUCACGUCUGUUGUUUUCCCCACCCCUGUGUAUCGCAUUUGUAUCUGGACCCUUUUGUACUUUUGUCUGGGGCCUCACUGUCAUAAAGCGACAAUCUUAACACGGAAACCAAGGCUCUGGAUCUCAGGUGCUGCUUCCUUAAACUGAAAUCCGUGUGCAAUGCAGGGGCGCUGCCUACACCCUGUACCUGAGAGAGGACCGUUGCACUCUGGCUUUCUGGAUCCAUACUGCUGCCCCUUGCAAGUGUUGCCAUGUCUCAUUCCAGUGCAUCCAAAGUUUUUUUUGUUUUGUUUUGUUUUUUGUUUGUUUGUUUGUUUUUUAGAUGCUCCUGCCUCAGCUCCUAGUGAGCAGAUUCUGGCUGUGGCCUGACUCUUCCAAGGUGAAGAAACAACACUGUCCAAGGUCAGGCACCAAUAACAGACCAAAGAGAAGGUGGCAUCUAAAUCAGCGUUCUCAACCUGUCGUGAGCCCUUUGGGAGUCAAGUGACGCUUUCACAGGGAUCAAAUAAGAGAUCCUGAAUGCCAGAUGUUUACAUUAUGAGUCAUAACAAACAAAAUUAUAGUUAAGUAGCAGUGAAAAUAAUUUAGGCUGGGGGUCAGCACAACAUGAGGAACUGUAUUAAACGGUCACAGCAUUUGAAAGGUUGAGAACCACUGCUGUAAGUCUAGCGUGCUGAGCCAGUGAAUUCAUUCAGGUGUUCACAGGAGCUCAGAGGUGGACUUCAUAGCCCUGUGACCAUUGUGUACGCAGUUCUACUGGGAAGUCUCAUCUUCCUCAGCCUGCAUUCACUUCUUUUGCAGCCCCAGUGAGGGUUCUGGGGAUCCUGUAACUUCUUGAGCUCUGGGUUUUCUUGGCUUCCUACAUUCCAGGAGGGAAUAUUUCAGUCCAUUACUUUUGAGACAUGCUAGGCGGUGGUGGCACACACAUUUAAGUCCAGCACUUGGUCCAUGCAUUGACAGCAUUCGCCACUAGAGGGAGACAAGUCACCCUGUUUGAACUAAGCAACUUGGCUGCUAUAUAAAAUGGGGGGGGGGUGUUAUUGUUGGCUGUGUUUUUGUUGUUGUUGUUGUGGUUGUUGUUUUAGUGAGAUAAGGUCUCACUGUGUAGCCUCAGCUGCCCAUGAAUUGACUAUACCAUACCAGUGGUCUAGAUAGAGGUCUGGGUGCUGGGGGUUAAAGGCAUGAGACACCAGGCCUUGCUUAAGGAAAAGAUUCUUAAGUGGGUGUCAUGAUGGAAGGUAGAAUGCACCGUUGUCCGAAGUAAGGAAUAGUGGAGACCAUUCAGUUGAAUCACAUUUGGAUUUCACAGAAGUUCAGCCUGGACACUGGUGAGCUGUCCUCAUUCAGUAGGGUUCCCCUCCACAGAUGGUUGUGAUUUUUCUAUAAAAGUACCAUACCCUCUUCAGAAACAGAACUCUGCCACAGAAACACAGGCAUAAAAUCCAGAGUCAAGCCUGCCGCUUCAAACAAGUCACCUUCUAAUGUAAACUUGCCCUACAUAAUGUAUGAAACAUCUCACCCGGGGUGACGAGGCACAGUCUUUGUCCUGGGUUUGGUUCUGAUGUCAGUGUGGCUGCUCUAGCUGCCUUCACCAUGGUUUGCAUGCUCCCGCCCCUGAGGUUGGGUGUCGUAGCGCAUAGCAAUAAUAUAAAAUACUGGGUUUCAUUGUGUAAGGUUUUCUUUGCUGUUGCUUGCUUGUUUAGACCAGGGUUCCUUUAGCGGAGAAUGACCUUGAACUUGUGGUCCUGCCACCUAUAACCUCGUGUUGGGAUCACAAGCAUGCGCCAUCACACCCAGUUUAAGAGAUGCUGCGAGUCAAGGUAAGCACUUGGUACAUGCUAGGCAAGCACUCGCCCAUUAGGCUGCAUCCCCAGGCCCUUGCGAUAUCUUCAUGCAUGUAUAUAACAUAGCUUGAUAAUACCCGCUUAAGGUUUUUUAACUUACUAUUUUUGUGUGUAUCUGAAUGUGCCUGCAUGAGGUUAGGUGCACCAUGUUGCAAGCAGGAGCCUUAGGAGGCCGUGAGCCCCUCUGAGCUAGAAAUGCAGACAGUUUUUGAGGCCCCAUGUUUGUGCUGGAAAUUGAACCCGGAUCCUCUGGAAGAGCAGCAAUGCUCUGAACCUCUGAGCCACCUCUCCAGUUAGGAUGGGUGUUUUUACAAAGCUUCCUGGUUGAUUCUGAAGUGAAGUUGGGGUUAGGAAACACAGAACACACCCUGGAGCUGGGAAACAUCAGACCCUUUCCUGUCACCAAGUGUUUGAUGGCAUUCCUUAGACUUGAAAAACCUGGGGCCCCUUUAAAGAAUAAAGCUUCUUUGGUGUCUCCCA